AGAUGGCAUUCUUCAAAUACUAAGUACAUAGUGAUGUGUACAGCAAAGUACUGGAGGAGCCACCUAUCAUUAUCUCCCAUAAAGAAUAUGAGAAGAACUUCCAGACUGUGUACAAAAUGGAGUCGCAAAGCAAAAUAAAACAAAUCCUGGAACCUCUAAACUUCUAACUCUACUUGUUUCCCACCUUAUCAAAAGAGGAGGGAGGACUGUUAUUGAUUUGCCAUCUGAUUUAUAAAUAUUUAGUAGGGAUGAUCUGAGGCUGGCACAUGUGCUGGACAUAUAGUAAAUGUAAGUGAACGAUCUGACUUCUCAGAGCUGGGGAGUGCUUGCAACAACAUACUGAGUUUGGAAAACUGUCCAAGAGGCCAACUGCCCUGCACAAUCUCAUUGACAAAGAAUCAUCAGCAUUUGAAAGAAUGGAAAUUUAUGUCAAAAUAGAAAAUGGAGUGCAUCUUUAAGACCAAGUUCUUUUGUAUAGCAGACCUGCAGCCAGGAGUACGAGUCCAGUUUCCACCUCAGUUUCCUGCUUCUGUAGAAGGUAUUGAAGAUGGCAAUAGGGCAGCACAUCAUCUACAGCUCUGAGGUUUUUACCCUUCAUUUGAAUGACACUGAAAUACAGAGAUCAUGUUCUGAUCACAGUCCUAGUAAGAAAUUCCUGUGAAUGAAAAGGAAGAUGUCUACUGCUGAGCAUUGCAGCAGAUGGAGAUGAGGUGGAGUGACAGCUCCGUAACUGUGAAGGUCUCAUCAAGUCCUUGUAAAAACACAGAUCAGAUCUCUUCAGAUAUCCUGACUUUUGAAUGUGUGAUAAAUACAGAAAAAAAAAAGCUCCUCCAGUGUUGUUUCCUGCAAAGACCAUUCUUAAGAGCUCGUUGGACAGCGCAGGGCUCUUGAAGUGAUAGCUAAUUGGUGAAAGAAAGGCCCUGAUUGUCUUGAGGGAGCUGGAAAGUGCUGCGUGUGCUGCUGAAAGGGACUAGGGAGAAGGUGCCUGGUUUCGCUGAGCAGCUGCUGCUGGAGAUGUUUGGAGAUUACAUCAGCAUUGGAAAAAAGGGGCAAAAAAAAAAAAAAAGUCCAACUUCACAGAGACGGAGUUUAUGGAGGUUUUUUUCCCCUUCCAAAGGUCUUCUGACAAUACUGUCAUUGUCAAUAUAAGAGUUGUUAAUUCUUUAUGAAUAGCACAUGGGGCCUCUUGACUAAAUAGUACGUUACAUGUCCCAAAUCUGUCAGCUGGACUCUUCUCUCACAUGCUAGUGAGAUCACUUUGAUUGGAAUGUUACAGGAAUUGCUGGGCUGGCUGUGCAGAACUGAAUACUGCAUUAUAUAAUUAGAUCUCCCAGAGUAUUUUUUUCGCAUUACCUCAUUAUUCUAGCUUAAAUAUGGAAUCAGUCCUUUUGAUGAUUUUACUGGUUGUAAUUAUAUUAAUACGAUUCAUUUUGUGGUCCUGUCUUAGUGCUUAUAUAGAUUAUAAACUGUCCCGAAGGUUUCCUGACACAAGAAAAGAGGACUAAGGGACUUCAAAAGGCUUGUUCGGAUAUGAAUUGACAAUGGGGAGAAAUCGAUAAGGUAAAUGGAGCUAGAGCAGAUUUUACCUUGGGAUCUGAUGAGAGAGAAAUGACCUGUUGAGACUGCAACCGAGUGAAGAUUCUUCAGAAAGCCUCAUGCUGACAGAGGCGGGGAAAAACGACAACUGAUUGAGUCAAAUGACUUCCUAUCAAACUCAGGCAUGAAUUUGUUGUUGGGAACAGACUUGUGGACUUUUGCCAAUUAAAUGAUCUGGACAAGCUGGAAGGAAUCCUAUUGCUGGGCAGUCCAAGACUGCCACUGGCCCAGUCUUGAUACAUGAAAUGUGAUGGCGUGCUGCCUGCUGGACUAACUGCUGGUCUGUAUGUUAAGAUGUCAGCUGCACAGCCUGCCUGGAGGCAACAACUGAUGGCACCUGAAUGAAGCUGAAGAUUACUGGCUGAGCUCAGUAUCCAUGUGCCAUGCUGUGGACUUGCAGGAGUGGAUUUUUACCCAAUCGGUUGAUUUGUUACCAAAUUUCUGGUGGUUCUUCUCAAUCAGUCAUACUGAAUGUUUUUAACUGACUAUAACCUGCUGAUUAUUCACAUUUCUUAGCAAGUGAUAUAUCUGAGUACCAGAACGAGCUGGAUAGUGCUGGAAUAGUCUGUUCCAUGAAAAACAGACCUGUGCCACAUCAAUUGACGGACUCUAGCUGUGCUUCAGCAGCAACCAGGGGUGGGGGGCAUGUGACAGCAUGGCAUGCAGUGAGUUUUGGCUCCAAAGCACUGCCAAGGUACCUUCAUUUCUAGCUUUUAAUAAGGAGCUUACUAGGACACCAAAGGAUUUGACUACUUGCCCAAGGCCAUAGUGACUUGGGAUUUUUUGGUUAACUUAUCUGGCAAAAUGAAAUAAGUUGUUCCAAGUGAACUGUCUUCUUUCAAAUCGAUGUUAUACUAAAUCGAACAUCUGAAAAUCUUACUGCAUAUACAACUCAAUUUAACAUCUGCUUUUAAGAAGUCCAUUUUUCUACAGCAAAAGUAGGAAAAUUGUAUUGUCGUCUUUGAGAAAUGCAGUGUCCUCAGUCCAGUCACCUUUCUUAAAAAAAAAAAAAUUCCUUUUUGGGUUGAUAGUUUUCUAUGCCACUUAAAAGUGAAGGCUUCUGUAUCUCUUGGUAGCUCACAUGACGAUAUCAGAGUUCAGUGUAGGUAAAACCCUACAGCAUUCCUAUAAAGAGUUUCUGGCUCAUUCAUGACUCUGACUCCUACAGGCUUGUCUCAUUAGUAACUGCUAAUCAGCCCUUAUAACUUCGUCUUUUGAAGCCUUCCUAAAAUUAAGACAUGAGAGCUGGUGUUUAUGCUGUGGAACAGGGUAAAUGUAAGGUCAAUUGAUGUCAGCUUCAGAUUUUAUUUAUGGUGGAUGACCAAUCUACAAAACAGGCUGCAAUGCCUGAAGAUGCAUGUCAUUGACUUGAAAUCUAGCCAGAUGACAAUAAAUUAAAUGUAGUUGUAACUAACCCCCUUAUUCAUUUCUGUGGUUCUUAAUUGUAAUGAUUAUUCUGUCCUUUUAUUUUUUUUUGUUUCCCGACACCAGAAGACCACAAAGGGAAAGUGAAGUGUUGUCUACUUGAUGUGCAGACAUACCUUUGAUAAUAAGUAACUGGAAAAAUAAGCAGAGUGAUCCAUUUUUCUUCUUUCAGUUAAUCAUUGCUAUUCUUAGCUGUUGUAUGCAAAACAAAGCUUGUGGAUAAAUGAAUAGUGCCUUUAGGAAACAAUUUUUCUAAUCCUUUAUUUAAAUUAUAUUGUAUUUGACAGUGUCAU